GUUAACAAUUACAUCAAUUACAAUCAUGGCAUAAACGUUUUAUAUGCGCUUUGCAUUGUUCCGUUUAGCUACAGAGUUGCCACCCACAAUUAAUUGUUGCAACUCUAUUUUUUAUUACCAUUCUAUUUAAUGCUGCAACUAGUAUAAAUACAGCGCAAUUGUAAUUAUUCUGCGGUUGGAUAACUACGGAUCACAAUUCGCUUUAAAUUGAAUUAAAAGACGCAAAAAUUCACAGCAAUUGUUCUAAACGUUUAUCGCUACGUACGGCAACACUGCAAGAAUUGACUGUUUGUUAUUGCGCAACUCGCUGUGCGGAGGGGCAAAAGAAAAAUAAAAAAGUUCUAGUUUCAAAAUGCAAAAUCCAAUUCAAAGGUUAGCCUACACUCUUGGUCAUCGUACCUACGCCCAAUUGCCAUUGCUCUGCGCUGCCGGUGCGAGAAUAACAGACAUAACAACAAUUAACAUGCCGAUGGCAAAUUCCACGCGCCUCUCCUCAUCCUCCGUGCUGGCCACGGAGUCAUCUAACAAGGGCAUGAUCAUUAUAAACAGGCCCAAAGCCCUAAAUGCCAUCAAUUUGGAGAUGGUGCGCAAGAUUUACAAACAUUUGAAAAAAUGUGAAAAAUCCAAAUCCUUGAUGAUUAUCAAGGGCACCGGGGAGAAGGCAUUCUGUGCGGGCGGUGAUGUGCGUGCCUUGGUGGAUGCAGGUCCAACGGACGAAUCGAAGAGCUUCUUCCGUGAAGAGUAUACAACGAAUGCGCUGAUUGGCAACUACAAGAUACCCUACAUUGCCAUCAUCGAUGGCAUUACAAUGGGCGGUGGAGUGGGUCUUAGUGUCCAUGGUAAAUAUCGUGUAGCCACCGAUCGUACGCUUUUUGCUAUGCCCGAGACGGCCAUUGGCCUGUUUCCGGACGUGGGAGGCUCAUACUUUCUGCCACGCCUGCAAGGCAAACUGGGCAUCUACUUGGGCUUGACGGGCCAUCGGUUACGUGGCGGCGAUGUCUACCAUGCCGGCAUUGCCACGCACUACUGCGAAAGCAGCAAAAUUCCUGAAUUGGAAACAGCGCUGCUCAACUGUCCGGAUGCCGAUGAUGUGCCUGACAUACUGGAAAAGUUCCAAUCACAGCCAGAGAAGCCAUUCUCAUUGGCGCCCGUACUGGAGCAGAUCAACAAGCACUUCUCGGCCAGCUCCGUAGAGGGCAUACUCGAGAGUUUGCAGACCGAUGACAGUGAUUGGGCUAAGAAACAGUUGGAGAUCCUUUGCAAAGUAUCUCCCACGUCGCUGAAGGUAACAUUCCGUCAGCUGGAGCUUGGAUCACAACUGUCGCUGGCCCAAUGCUUGAUCAUGGAGUAUCGUCUGGCUGUGCGUCACUUGGAGCCACGCGCUGACUUUAAGGAGGGUGUGCGUGCUCUGCUCAUCGACAAGGAUCAGAAGCCCAAAUGGCAGCCAUCUACGCUGGCCGAGGUCACCGAGGACCACUUGCAAUGGUUCUUCAAAAAGUUGCCCGACACCGAGGAGCUCAAACUGUAAUUAAGCUGUUGCUGCUUGCUUAAUCUUUACUAGCACGCAAUUUCUGCUUGAGUUAUCCCAAUGUCUUCCUCUGUUCAUUCUGCCCUGCAUUCUACAAUUGCUAAUGCAUAAACAAUUUCAAUUUAUUAUACAGUUGAGCAUGCAUUUUAUAUAGACCUGCAUGAUAAAUCUUUGAUAGAUGUGUAAUCUCUUUUAUCUCUACUCCAAACAGCGACUAAAUCAAGGCCAACAGACAGAUAUACGUGAAAUUUGAUGCAUUUAUAUACGAUACACAU